CUCAGGUGAUUGGUUGGGCCCUUCCUGGCUCCGCCUCUCGGGUUUGGCCUGGGACGCGGGGAGGGGGUGUCAGCGAGCGACGGGGAAGAAGAGACAGCGACUGUAUUGUGUGUCGGGGGUUGCUGUUGGCGCCCGCUGGGAGCGAAAGUGAUAAGGAGGAGCUGAGGCAGGACACACAUUAUUCCGAUGGGGAAUAUUUGGAAGAGAGUAUAAUGGCAACAGGUGAUGAUGAUGGAAUGACAUUUACUAAUUUCCCAUAUGGUGUUUCUCCUCGAGGAGAUGAUGAUGAGAGCUCAGUGGAUAUUUAUGAUGGCUUAGACAGCACUCCAAUUAUUUCUGUUAAAUCUGCUACAAAAGUGACCCCAGCCAGAAGUAGUUUAAACCUAUUUGAUGAAAUCCUGAUUGAAGAAGGAACAGCAAAGGAAGCCAGUUACAAUGAUUUGCAGGCUGAACAUGAGAAAUGUCAGCAACAACUUCAAGAGUUGACAAAGAAGCUUCAGGAAAUACAGGAACAGAACUCCGCUCUACAAAAUGAAAACCAAUCUCUUAAAAAGAAUAUUUCAGCUCUUAUCAAAACAGCUAGAGUGGAAAUUAAUCGCAAGGAUGAAGAAAUUAGUAAUCUCCAGCGAAGGCUGUCGGAAUUUUCAGUUCAUCAGAAUACCUACGCUAGAACAUACUUUUCUGGGUCAACUAAUAAUGCAAGAAACUUUGAAGGAUCAAAAAUGAAAAAUAAAUUCAGAGAUCUACUUCCAGAAAACAAAGCAAGAACUGAUUUUAGAACUAAUCAAGCCCUGCCUAAUGAGUUACAUUGCAGUUAUACAUAUAUGGAUAUAGAAAACAAGAAAUUUCCUUCAGAGAAAGGAGACACUCUGAACAUAUCUCAGUCUCACCCUGAACAGCUUUACAAUGAUGGUACUUGUACAAGGCUGUCAAAUGUUGACAUCUCCUAUGACAAAGAAAAAGGAAAAAAAGAAAUGAAACAUAAUGAGCAUCUUAGUAAGGAGAAUGACUGCAAAUACAAAACAAAAACACACCAAAAUCUGGGCAGCAUGGCAGAUGGAAAGUUAGAUUCUCAUGGAAAGCUGCAAGUUAAUCCAGAGAAAACAGUAAAAAAUGGAAUGUGGAAAGAUAAUAAGGACUUAAAGCUCAAAAGCAGACCAUGUGCAGACAAAAGAACUGAUAAGGUCUCUUCUGGUAGGGAGAAACAGCCAACUCCUAAGGACAGAUCACUGGCAAAAACAGAACGUUCCAGCAAUGAUAGGACUGAAAAGUCACUAAACAGAAAUCAGAAAGUGCAAAACAAAGAAGAAAACAGUAAAGGACAAAAAAACAGACAGUCUGACAGGUAUCUAGAACAACAACGAUCUGGCAAGGUUAGUAGUCCCCCUGAAUGGGCCAGAAGUCCCAAAAAAUUAAGUAAAAGCUGUGUGGAAGACAGAAAGAGAAAAGAUAGCGAUUGUAGAAGAAACAAAGAAGCAAGUGAUCAUGGGCUCCACGGAGGGAGAUCAUCGCUAUCGCCACCCCCUAAUUUUAACAGAGAGCAAAAACGUGGCCACUCCAAAGAGGACAGCAGUAGAAGUGAAUCUGUAAACACGCACACAAAAUCAGGCAGACAUCGAACUGAAGAAAAAAGGAAAAAUGAGAAAGGCAGUACUAGUGAGGCCAAGAAUUCUCAAAAUGAAAGAAGAGAUUCAAAGGAAACAACACAAAAAACAGCAAAAGGAGCCAUUAAAAUUAAAGACAGCGCACAAAAGGAGGAAGUUAAAUCCUCUCCAUCAGAAGAAACGGUCAAGGUAGUCGAAGGCCUGGAAAGGCAGAUCCCUGCAAAAGCUAAAAGAGAUGAGGAGUUGAAAAGCAAAGACUUAAAACUGAGCUUUAUGCAGACACUAAAUUUAACUCUUUCUCCUGCUAAAAAGCAAACAGACAAACUCAAGUCAUUGACAAAGUCCACCAAUGAAUGUGACUCAGAGAUUCCAGAUCAGGAAGUAAUGGUGGCACCAGCUGAGGCUAUUAGUACUUCCACUAAGCAAAGAAAAACACCACUGUUACCAAUCUGUGACGAUCCUGUUCAGACCAAACUGGAACAAAUAACACCUGUUUCUGAGGUCAAAAUGAAGGUGGGGAAUGAGGGCCUGCCAGAAACUUUGAACACAGAGCCUUCAAAGACAACCUCAUAUCCAAAAACCACAGAAAUGCAGCAUGAUGAGACCGUAACUGAGAUAGGUGAAGUUGAUGAAACGCAUGUGGCUUCUGGCUUAGGAAGCCCCUUGGAUCAAGACACGCUUCCAGACAACUCUUUCAAUGAUUUGGAGACUGUAAGUUCUGUGGAUUUUGAUUCUUAUAGUGUAAUAGAUGAGAUUAAUGGGACUGAUUCAGAUUCAUUGAUGGAUGAAAGAGAGUCCAGCAACUGGGGAGAUGAAAAAGUCUCAGUGUGUCCUAAAAAAGAAGAAAAGCCUAUGCCUCAAAAGGCUAUUGUUGAAGAAGGCAAAAUACUGAGUGGCAAUGUGCCAGCAACCAACCAAAAGGCUGGUUACUUGAAGCCAAGCUUUCCUGACUGUCCCCAUGAAAACCGUUUGGACACAUUAUGUAAUGAAGAUAUUCAAGCAAGAUAUUCAAACCCAGUUUCUGUUGAUGAUGAUAACUCUAUCAUGAGCAUUGAUCUUAAUCAUAUGAGGAAUAUUCCAAAAGCAAUCAGCCCACUUAGUAGUCCAAUGCGACCAUUGGCUAAAGCACCCAGAAUGGAAAGCCCUUACAAAGGACCUGUGAAAAGUUUUAAUAUAGAAAGUGCAGUAGUCUACCCUGGGAAAAAACAGUCCAGUGAGCUGAACAAGGAGAAUCAAAAGCCUCCUUGUCCAGAUCACCACAGCUUAGAGGAGUCUCAGCUGAGCAUGUCUACAGAUGAAUUAGAAGAAGGUGAAAUUGUAAGUGACAACAAUGAGCCUAAAAUAGAAAUGAACUCUGAAAAUAGUAAAAAGUCAAGAAGAAGAGCAUCUCCAGAUAGAUCUAAUUUGGCUAAGAGUACACGCAAUCACAGGGCCAUGUCAACAACUUCCAGCAAAGAUACUGGAAAAUUGGCUUCUGGGAAGAAAAGUAAAGAAAAUCUCAAAGAUGGAACCAUAACAUCCUCCAAAGAAAUGAAGAAAAAUAAAGGUGUGAGUAUUGAUAGUCUUGAAAAAAUAGUUCAAAUUACGGUUGCACCUUCGACUGUACAUGAGUUUAUGCAGAUGCUGAGAGCUAUAAGAAAACAAGUACGGAAAAGCUACAUGAAGUUUAAAAUACAAUUUCCAGUACAGCAUUUUCAUAGGAUUAUAGAUUCAGCAGUUUUGAAUUUUACAUCUCUGGUAAAGUACCUUGACUUCUCUAAAAUGUCUAAAUCAAGCAAGGCUUUAAAGUUGAACCUCUGUGACAUUAUAGAAUCUAAACUUACUCGGAUCAAAGUGAAUAGUGCAAUAGAGCAUCUCUUUGAACAGCAGCAGUCAGAUAUGAAGAAAAAGUUGUGGAAACUUGUGGAUGAGCAGCUUGACUACCUUUUUGAUAAAAUAAAAAAAAUCCUUCUAAAGUUAUGUAACUUGAUAAGUUUUGGAAAUGAAAGUGAUGAAGGUAAACUUGAUAAAAAAACAAAAGAAAGCCCCCAAAGCCUCACAAAUCAUAAAAGUGACAGACAGAAGUCAAAGAAACCUGUUUUAAAUGGUAGAACUGAAAAGCCUGAAGAAUGUGCCCCUCCAAGACCAGUAGUAAGUAACCAAGUAUCAAAGCGAGGUCACCAUGACACAAACAAAAUGGGCAUACACAAACAUAUGGCUACAAACUGUAAACGUUCCUAUACUGAGAACCCAAAACAUUCUCAGAUUGAAGGUGAACUUUGCAAGGAAAACUCCAUACAGGACACUGCUUUGAAAGCUAGAAAUUAUAAAAAGGAAGGAUCACAUGUGGUUGGAGACCCUCACAAGUCUGAUAUUAGCUGUGGACCUCUCACAGAACAGCAGAUGUCUGGCUUGACGUUCAACCUGGUGAAUGAUGCUCAAAUGGGUGAAAUGUUCAAAAGUUUGUUACAAGGCUCUGACCUGUCAGGAAAAAACGAUUUUAUUGACAACAGUCAGUGGGAGUUCAGAACACCAGAAAAGCACACACAAGAUGAUCAAAACUGUGAGAAUGAUCCUGCAUAUGAGGCAGAAGAACAGAUUCCAAGAGAGACACGAGUAGAGUCAAGAGUACUAGAUGGAAUUAAAUGGCCUGUGGUUUCACCUGAAAGAGAUUCAGCUUUUUUAGCUAGACUGCAGAUGCCUAUUGAUCCAGAUAUUCUUGAUGAAAGCUGUAUGUUUGAAAUUCCUGCUAGUCCCGCUUUGAAGAAAGGUGAGUGCAUUUCAGAGAAACCAAAAUCACUUGUCUCUUCUAUUCUUCUGGAAGACCUAGCUGUGUCAUUGACUAUUCCCUCCCCUUUGAAGUCGGAUGCUCAUCUUAGUUUCUUGAAACCUGACAUGUUUGGUUCAGUUCCUGAGGAUGUUUUAAGUGCACACUUCAGUGAAGAUGCCCAUCUUGAAGAGGAGGAUGCUUCUGAACAGGAUAUCCAUUUGGCAUUGGAAUCUGAUAAUUCAAGCAAUAAAUCAAGCUGUUCUUCAUCAUGGGCAAGUACACCUCCUGCUCCUGGCUUUCAGUAUUGCCCAAGCCUGCCAAUGCAGGCAGUAAUAAUGGAAAAAUCAAAUGAUCACUUCAUUGUUAAGAUAAGACGUGCUGCACCAUCUACCUCACCAGUGGUUGAUCAAGCUAACCUAGCAAACGAGCUGCUGACCUCUUUUACUGAAGAAGGAAACAGUGAGAUUGUGUCAGAGGAAAAAUUAGGUACUUUGAACUCCAAAAGCAUACCAUUGGGAGAUACAGCGAUAUCUAAGAAGAUAGAUAUUAUUGACUCUGAGGAUAAGAUGCAUUAUUGUGUUGGAGAAGAGCAAAUUACUCAUUCACUGGAGUCUGUGAAGGAGCCAUCUGUUUGUCCUGAGAAUGCUCAGGUUCCUGAUUUAACUGAGCCCCAACAGGAACCUGAUGCUCCUAAUGAUGCACUUGAAACUACAGAGGACCUAUUUAGGAAUGCCAGACAAGAGCAACCUUGUAAUAGGCCUGAAUUCUGUCAGGACCCAUAUAGUAAUACCAGUCAAACUCAAGGCCUUAGCUUACUUGGACCCUAUCAGGCACUGCAUAGUGAUGCUGACCCAGAAGAAGCCUCUGUCUUGCAAGUUCCCCCUAAAGAACUGGGGAUAUCUUUAGACUCUUCAAAUAGAACUAGCCAGCAUGAAGACACACCUGAAGUGCUUAAGCUACCUCAGGCACACACAGUGAAAGAGUUCCAACAAAGAGAUGCAUCUUGUGCUAAAUUAGAACAUUCUCCAAUUGGCUAUACAGCAGUUCCCCUUGUAGAAGAGUUAUCUUCUGAGACCCAUUUUGAUAUGUGUGUAAACUUGACCGAUGAAACUCCGAUAGAAAAUGAGGUUGAUUCAUGGGAUCUUACAGUGGAACCUGCUUUAAAUGCUAGAAUGGGAAGCUUAUGUAAAGGUAAAGAGGAAGAUAAGAUAGAGAACCAUCCUGCAGCAGGUGAUUCUCCAGAACAUAAUAUUGAAGCAGUUGUAAACUUAACAGAGCAUCUGCCUGACAAGUGUACAGCAGAAGAGAAUUUUGAAAUGGAAACUGCCCUAAAUAUUGAUGGUCUAGGAUGCCAAAUAAGCCUUGAAAAAGAAAGAAAGAAAAGAAAAAAGGUGAUAGAAGAAGGAUCCAAUGCAAAAAGACAAAAAAAGGAAAGCUGUGAAGUGACUUGUAAAAAAAACAGCAAAAAGUCUAAAGAAACUAUACCAGUAGCCACAAGUACAUCUGGUAAAAAGGCUGCAUCAAUUAGAAACAAAGAUCCUUUAUCAGCAGCAUCCUCUGUGUCACCAUCAAGUCUGUGUGCCAAAAAUAUCAUUAAGAAGAAAGGGGAAGUCGUGAUUUCUUGGACAAGAAAUGAUGACCGGGAGAUUCUAUUGGAAUGUCAGAAAAAAGGACCUUCAGGAAGAACAUUUGCUUCUGUUGCUCUCAGGCUAAAUAAAAGUCCAACUCAGCCUACUGAGAUUAAAAAGCUUUCCAUCUGUUCGAUAUAUGAUUUCCACACCAGUAGGAAGUUUCCCCUCAAUAAGGUGUAGAAUCAUAGCAAUGAAGAUAGCAAAUAAGGUUGAAGAAAGAUUCAGGCAGUUACUGAAGCUAUUCAAGAUGUCAAACUGCAGUUAGUGGCUGUGUUAUUUCUACUAAUGAAAGACUGCUACGAGCAUAUAUGCACUGUGUGCAUGUGAGAGCGAGAGAGAGAGAGAGCGCACAUGCAAUCCAAGUCAGAAUAGCUAUCUGUCUUAUUCUUUUAGCUGCACCUGAAAUGUUUCUUUUAUGCCCGUGGAUUUCUUAAGGCCCUGCUUCUUGAAUUAGUAGCUAUUUUUUUGUUGAAGAUGUCAAACAGAUUUGUUGGACUCGUUAACGACCUUGAGUAGCCAAACAUAUUAUGGAACAGGAAGUACACAUGACCUGUCUUUCCUCUUCUCUGAACUGUCCUGAAUUGUCCAGACUAAAGCAUUCAUAUAUCUCCUUAGUAGUUCAAUUUUGGAUGACAUAGAGUAGUUUGGGGAAGCAGAAGUGCAAGGCACUUGUCCUUUCUGUUCCUCUGAAACCAUGCUUUUAUUACAACUUUUGGAAUAGCAGAAGAUUGGUUCCUGGCUAUGGGAAGUUUAAUUAUUUGAGGUUAAAUACCUGCUGUUACUGAUUUUAAAAUGGGGUGGAGAACCUGUGGUCCUCCAGAAUUUGUUGGACUCCGGCUCCCAUCUGCCCAGCCAGCAGGGUCAGUGGUCACAGAUGAUGAGAGUUGUUGUCCAGCAGUAUCUGGAGGGCCACAAGUCCCCCAACUCUGCAUUAGUAGUAGUAAUGAACAGGUAUGUCUCCAUCAGUAGCCGUAAGGGCUGUUAAACUGCAGACUCCUUUCUCUCAGAAAACACACAUAUUGUGAAAUUUUGCAGUAUGUUAUCCAGGCCUGUUCAGAGAUGUACAGUACAUAUAAUCCUUGUUAUACGGAUUAUGCAGAGUUAGCACAUUUAUGUUUUGGCAGUAGUACAUCCCUAUUUCAUCUGCUUAAGACAACACAUUGGCAGCAUUGGGACAUAUCACUCAGCCAUGGCAAUGGCUUGUUUGACCAUACUGUGCACACAGCCCAAGCUUCACUCUUCCAUUAAUUGACCUGGGAAACAAACCAUGGUUUUUUUACCUGCUUUACUAAGGAAGGAAUGAGUAUGAUUAAAUAAGCCAUACGUUUUGGUUGCAGCGAAACACAGUGAUUGUUUGCAUCUAUAUGCACAAUUGCUUAUGUUUCAAAAGCUGAGUUUUGCUAUUAAACAAUAUUUGCCAUUUCAUGCUACUUAAAAUAUUACUUUUCUUUAAAGCAUUGAUCUCUGCAAUAUACUUCAACAUUUUAUGAACUAAGUGUGGAAUCUGAAUAUGAAAAUCUAAAGGUGCUUUAAUUAAAAGGUUCAAGAUUUUAAUUGCAGAAAAUCCAGAUAAAUUGAUACACAGCUCUGUCCUAGCCGUUGAGGGGGUGAGUGUUUUGUUUGGCAGCUAUUUGUAUAGAACACAUGGUGAACAGCAGGAAAAGCCCUAAAUGACUCCACCGUCUCUUAUGUCAGAAAGGAAACAAUCCUAUACAAAUGCAAAAACUCAUAGGGUCACUUACUGCCAUUCUGAUCAGGAUGUGUGUGCAUGUGUGUGUGCAUGUGUGUGUGUUAAUUAUAAAGUUAAAAUCAUACCCUUUUGUAAAUACCUGUACAGAUUCUGUUGUGUAAAAUAUUGUCUUUGAAUACAGUUCUUUACCCGCAAAUUUUUGAUUACAUAAAACGUUUUAUUUUGUAUCAACUAAAUACUGCAUAUGGUAAUACAGACCCCAAUCUUUGUAAAAUGAAUGCACUUAAUAUUCAUUAAAUGUUAACUUGAAGAGCUUUUAUACCGUA